CUGCUUUUAAAUACACAGCAUUCAUCAACGAAAGGAAAACCAGAGUGAAGGUAAAGAUAAUGGCUAACAAGAGCAAUGCAUGUUUUACUUUUGUGUCACUCGCACUCGUUGUGAUUUUACUGUGGCCACCGCUUUCAUUGGCUCAGAACAGCGAACUGAAGAGCAACUACUAUGCAGCCUCGUGCCCGAGAGCAGAGGAUAUUGUGAAAGAGCAAGUGUAUAAUCUCUAUCAAGAACAUGGAAAUACUGCUGUCUCCUGGCUCAGAGCUAUUUUCCAUGAUUGCAUGGUCGAGUCUUGUGAUGCUUCGGUUCUGCUGGAUACGGCUGGGAGUGUGAUGUCUGAGAAGCCAUCUGACAGAAACUUUGGAAUGAGGAAUUUCAAGUAUGUCAAUGCAAUCAAGAGUGCACUUGAGGAGGAGUGCCCUGGAGUUGUCUCCUGUGCUGACAUUGUUGCUCUUUCUGCUAGAGAUGGAGUUGUCAUGUUAGGAGGGCCUCGUGUAGAAUUGAAAACAGGGAGGAGAGACAGCAAGAAGAGCAGUGCAGCAGUGGUGGACGAAUACAUUCCACUGCAUAAUGACAGCGCCUCAACUGUUCUAUCACGAUUUGACUCCAUAGGCAUCGAUGCAGAAGGAGUUGUUGCUCUUUUAGGGGCGCACACGGUUGGAAGAACACACUGUGAGAACCUGGUGCACAGGCUGUACCCAAAUGUGGACUCAACUCUGGAUCCAGAGUACGCUGUGUAUUUGAAAGGUCGCUGCCCAACAACAAAUCCAGACCCACAAGCCGUCGUCUAUGCACGUAACGAUCAUGGAACACCAAUGAAGUUUGAUAACAACUAUUACAAAAAUCUGUUGAAGAAUAAAGGCCUUCUGGUGGUGGAUCAGCAGCUGCUCUUGGAUCCCAGAACCUCCCCUUAUGUGGAAAAGAUGGCCCAAGACAACCAAUAUUUCUUCUCCCAAUUCUCCAGAGCACUUACCAUUCUCUCUGAGAACAAUCCUCUCACUGGAAAUAAUGGAGAAAUCAGGAAAGAUUGUCGCUUUGUCAAUGCCUAAAUCACCCUGUGUCCGUUGUUAUAGUUUGAGCAUUAUACAUCCUGCUCUUGAAUUUGAUUGUGUUAGAGUUUUAGUCCAUAAUCCAUCAUCCAGUUAAUAUAUUCCGUUCACAUAAAAAAUAACUCUGUGACUAAAAACAAUUCCAACUAUGAUCCAGUUUUACUGGUUGAGGGUUUGAUUAUGGGGUUCUUCGUUGGGAUGCUCUGCUGAAAAUGACCAUACCAUGAUCAGUUUAUAGUCUUUGUAAAUCCAGUCAAUAUGGCUUUUGAAUAUUGUAAAUAUUUAAUACAUUUUAGAUGCCAUGCACCUUUUGCUUAAAAACAAAAUGGAGUACUGUUUAA